CAUCCCUUAAGAAAGGGUAACGGGAGGAUCGACCCGGAGAUUUUAUCGACGACUUUUAGCACGUCUGUCCACUUUCAAUUCAACGUGGCCGUAUUGGAUGGAGUUGGAGAAGUCUUUUCCCGACAUCGUGCACGUUUUAUCCACUUAAAUCAUUUCAUCUUCUGCUGGGGAAAGUGUGUGCUUCACUUUUUGUUUUUCCCGUGGAGGAGGACCCACUAGCCUAUUCCCUUCCCUCUCUUUGUGCGCUCUCUCCCGUUUCACCAUUCGCCAGACGCGGUCCGAAGCCGCAGCAUCAUCAGCGGUGGCGCUGCCUCAGUCUCGGACCCGGUGAUUUAAGUGUGCCCUGCUGCUAUCCCACCACAAUGAAUUCGGAUAUUAACAUGUACUUGGGUCGAGAGAAAGCGGGGAUCAUGCGAAAGAGAGCCCUGUUACUCAGGAAAGGCUGCAGUUUUGAAAUCACGAGCUCAGCUUCAGAGGAUCUUGGAUGCAGAAGAGGAGAGUUUAGCAGAAAGCACUAUGGAUCAGUUGAACUGCUCAUUUCCAGUGAUGCAGAUGGGGCCAUACAGAGAGCUGGAAGAUUCAGGGUGGAAAAUGGUUCAGUAGAUGAGACCUCUGACUACACACCUGGAACAUGGAGGAGGACUGACGUUCAUCUGGAGAACCCAGAGUACCACACCAGAUGGUACUUCAAGUACUUCCUGGGAAAAGUCCAUCAGAACUACGUAGGAACAGAUGCAGAGAAGAACCCUUUCUUCCUCUCUGUGGUUCUGUCAGACCAGAACAACCAGAGGAUCCCACAGUACAGAGCCAUCCUCUGGCGCAAAACGGGUACUCUAAAAAUAAGCCUUCCAUACAGUCCAACAAAAACACUAUCAGUCAAAUCUAUAUUAAGUGCCAUGAAUGUGGAUCGGUUUGAGAAGGGCCCUAGGGAGAUCCUUAACCCAGAGAUUCAGAAGGACUUACUGGUGUUGGAGGAACAAGAGGGCAGUGUAAACUUUAAAUUUGGUGUUCUUUAUGCCAAAGACGGACAGUUGACAGAUGAUGAAAUGUUCAGCAAUGAAACAGGAAGUGAGACUUUUGAGAAAUUUUUGAAUCUUCUUGGUGACACGAUCUGUCUUCAGGGCUGGGCAGGGUAUCGAGGAGGACUGGACACUAAAAAUGACACUACAGGAAUAAACUCCAUCUACACAGUCUAUCAGGGUCACGAGCUCAUGUUCCAUGUUUCCACCAUGCUACCUUAUUCUAGAGAGAACAAGCAACAGGUAGAGAGAAAGAGACACAUUGGAAAUGACAUCGUGACUAUUGUGUUUCAAGAGGGGGAUGACGCCUCGCCGUCUUUCAAGCCCUCUAUGAUUCGAUCCCAUUUCACUCAUAUUUUUGCCUUAGUUCGAUAUAAUAGUCAGAAUGAUAGUUACAGGUUAAAGAUUUUCUCAGAGGAGAGCGUGCCACUGUUCGGACCACCUCUCCCUUCUCCUCCAUUGUUCACAGACCAUCAGGAGUUCAGGGACUUUUUACUAGUUAAAUUAAUAAAUGGAGAAAAAGCCACUCUCGAGACCCCCACCUUUGCUCAGAAACGUCAGCGUACGCUGGACAUGCUGAUCAGGUCCUUGUACCAGGACCUUAUGCCUGACAUGCACAAGGUUCCCUUCUCUCCGCAGAACAUGCUGAACCGACGCUCCUUCAGCGACGUACUGCCCGAGUCUCCCAAAUCUGCCCGUAAGAAAGAGGAAGCACGUCAAGCCGAGUUUGUCCGGGUUGGACAGGCACUGAAGCUAAAAACUAUAGUUAGAGGUGAUGCGCCCACCAGUCUAGUCACUACCGGCCUUUGCAGGAAAGAGCCAUGGGAGUCGCAGUCUUUCUGCAGUAGCUUUCCAUAUGACAUAGUCUGUGGAGAUUCAUGGGGACAGUCGUUAUUGGUCGCCACAGAGUCAGCAGGGGUUAUGCUGCUGGAGGCCUCAGAUCCACUGUUCUCCAAUGCAGAUUCACCAACCCUGCCUCCAGUGCAAGUAUUUGACAAAACCCUGACUGUCAAACAAAUGCAUGUGCUUGAACCUCAGGACCUUCUCAUUGCAAGAGCAGAUAAAGGGAAAGACGCUCGUCUAUAUGUUUAUAGACUAAGCACACUGAAACGAGGGAUAGAAGAGCGACAGCUUGUCCGCACCAAAUGCGACAGUCGAGAAAACAAGCUUGAGAAAACCAAAGGCUGCCAUCUCUACUCCAUAAACACACAUCACGGGGUGGAGCUCAGAAUCGUAGCGGCCAUAAGAAAUAAGCUUCUCCUCAUCACCAGGAAACUGUCACGGUUGGAAUCUCUUAGCUCUGUAGCUACAGUGACGGGGGCUAGUGACUCACCUGUGGAGGAUUUCCAAUACAUACGAGAGAUUUGCCUGUGUGACUCACCGGUGGUCAUGGCAUUGGUUGAUGGCCCAACAGGAGAGAAUGAUCAUAUGAUAUGUGUGGCUUACAGACAUCAGUUUGACUUGAUCAAUGAGAGCACAGGAGACGCCUAUAGAUUACACCAUGUGGACGCCAACAGGGUGAACUUUGUUGCUGCCAUAGAUGUGUAUGAAGACGGAGAGGCUGGACUUCUUUUCUGCUACAACAAUAUCUGUGUCUAUAAGAAAGUGUGCCCGUUUAAUGGAGCCACACCCAUGAUUCAGCCAAACUCUUUGGACUUCCAUUUUAGCUGGAACCAAAUGCCGAAUGCUAUCGUGUGUGCAUUCCCUUAUAUCCUGGCCUUCACAUUUGACUCCAUUGAGAUUCGACUAGUUGUUAACGGAAAUCUAGUAUACACAGCUGUUGUUCCAGAUCUACAACUCUCUGCAUCCAGAUCUGAUAUCUAUUUCAUGUCAUCAGCGCCUAUAAACUCUGCAUCUAACUGUAGCUCCAGAGACACUAGUUCCCAGAGUUCACCUCAAACUCCUACUGGCUAUGAGAUGCCUGUCUUCCCUUCACCACUUGGAGAUGAUUGUAUUCGGAUCCCCUACGGCUCCAAGCUAUCCCUCUACAUGUCUAAAGACUCUGAAGGUGAAGCUCCCUCUAAACACAUCUAUAAGAUCCCAUUAAGUAACCUAGUCGGGAGGAGCAUAGAGAGACCACUCAAGUCUCCUUUGGUUAAUAAAGUAGUCACGGCACCGGCCCCCAGCGUGAUAGCUCCUGCCUCAACGAUCUCAACAACACCUUCCCUCUCACUGUCCCGCAUGGAGAUCAAAGAAAUCGCCAGCCGCACACGGAAAGAACUGCUGGGUUUGACUGAGGAACCAAGCAACAAGUCAGAUAGUAACUCAGUGAAACAGAGAAGAAUGAGCAAGAAAACCAAGGAGGAAGAUCAACCGAGAACGGCGGGAGCCAUUAUUACUGAGCAAGUGGGAAUGGAGUCUGUAGAGGGAGAAACUGACAUCCACCGACUUUGCUUAUCUGGCUCUGAGAUGGAGCCACGAGAUGACAGCCCACCCACGGCCAGCCCUUUUACCCUAUCCACUUCUUUUGAGGAGGAUAUUUUGGACCUGAAGUAAUGACAAUCACAGUCUGUGGAUCACAGUGCACCUCCCACCUUACACAUCCUCCUAUCUUAUCCCAGUUUUAUCAUUGUCACGUCGAAGUUUGUGUUUUUCCUCAGUCUGCCCGCUCAUCUGCAGUAUGCAGUGUGCUUUAUACUUGGAGUUUACAGUGUGAGGUCAGAAUAUACUCCUUAUAGCGGAUGUAUGCAUACAGUAUGUGAAUGUGUGUGACUCUGUGUUUACUCUACAAGUGAGACAGAAAUACAGCUAGAAAACAAAAUAAAAAUGUAAAUUUUACAAUACUGUUCAGAAGAAUACCCCAAAAUACGAAUUAGUGGAUAAUUAAUGUAGUUUCUAUAACACAGGAAAUGGAAGCAAACUUAAAGCCAUAAGAACAUAAAAUACGAUAAUGACUUUUUUGGUAAAAUAUACUUUUAACUCCAAGACCUGAAUGUAAGAUUGACACACCUAUAAAACGUAUAAGCAUAUUUUAGUUAUUUUUGUGUUUUGAAAUGUUUUCUAUGUUUGUGAUUUGUACAUUGUGUGAUUAUUUUAAAGUUGUAAAAAACCUCUACGCGCAUCUCAAAUCAGAUGCACACAUGAACAUACAGAUGUAAACACAGAUAUAUAUAUAUAUAUAAAUAUACCUUUCUAGCUAUUGUAUUAUGGACAAUACAAAUAAAACGUACUUGUAUAUAUCAAUAUUACAGUCAAACCUGCCUCCACCCUCACCUCAUGCUUUUAAACCCUGACAUGCAAUUUUUUUUAGCUGAAAGGACAGGAGUCUCCCACAAGUGCCAUUCUCUAUCUGCCCUUCAACCGCUAGCACUCUUGAAUUGUGUUUCUCAUGAGACAGCGAACAACAAACCAUUCCAGAUUACAGUUUGGGAUUACUACGUCUAUUGCAUAGUGGUUUACUGCGGAUCACUAUGCUGAUGGUAUGAGCUUUGAUCCAUGAACAACACCCACAUUUAGGCUCAUAGCAUUAACAACCGUACAGUUAAAUGUAUUUUUAAAGUGCUGUUGCUUCUUGAAAAGGGCUCUGGAUCACCUGCAUGCCUCCAGUCAAUCCCAAAACAAGUUGAAAGGGAUUUUAUGUCGGAAUAUUUUAGAAUUAGGAUGUAUUACCUUGACUCUUCUCAUGGAUUUGGUACAAAUUGAAAGCAACCUCCAGGAAUUCAAGCCAGGGUCAUUUAGAUUACUUAGUCUUUGAUUCUGGGUUAAUAAGGGAACGAGAAAAUCGAUUCUACUGUUUACAGUUCAAACUAAGAGACUUUUAAAGAAUGUCAGCAAAAGCAUGACGCAGGACAUACGCAAGAGCCUCAGGAACAGCAAAGGAGUGUGAGGAUAAGUAUUUUAGAUGUGAAUAAACUGCUUAGCUGAAUGCAUGCCCUGCCCACUUGUACCUUCUUAUACUUUCUUCAUCUCAAAGUGAACCACUCAACACUAGUAGCAGCCUGGAGUACAAAUAGAAAGCGUGGAGAUAUUUUUGUAAAUGAAAAUUUUAAAUAUUAUUUAUUUGCUUAAAGGAAAAGGGUGAGUUGGCUAGACUGACGGAGUUUAGUUUUUGUUUUUGUUUGUUUUGCCUAUCUUACGUCUUGCCCCUCCGUCUGUUCACUCUCCUCACUGUUUUCACCUUGGUUUUGUAUCUAUAUCAAGUUUAACUGUUUAGACUGUUGCAGAAUCUCUGUGAUAUCAGAAUUAAAGAAAAAACGAAUAAAAAAACACCAAGUGUCUUAAAAUACUGUAUUGCCAUUGUUUUUAAUGCCAAGUACUACUUGUAAAUGUUUGUGUUUCAGAUGUGGCCUCAGAAAUAAUUAUUAUUGCUAUGAUAUUUGAACGAGUGCUGUAGAUCUCUGCUGUAGUUAAUAUUGUUCAUUGAUAUGAAAUAAAUAUUUAUGAAAUUUCA